UUUUUUUCUUAUUUGUAUGUUUUAUGAAUUUAAAUGUGUAAAAAUAGAUCACAUGUUUAAAAUGAAUUUUGCAAAUAAAUGGUGUUUUGUAUUAAUGGUGUGUUUAAUUGAAAGGUUUGUUUGCGAUGAGAGUAAUAGUGUUGUCGUGAAUACGAGUUCGGGUGGAGUGAGGGGACAGACACUGAAUGUUGUGAAUCACUUCAUCAAUCAAUUCUUGAAUAUACCUUAUGCUGAGCCCCCGGUGGGCCCACGAAGGUUCAGUCCACCACAACCACUCAAAACACCUAAAAAGGAUAUAAUUGAUGGCACAGUGGAGGGUAACUCAUGCAUACAAAUACAAAGUCCAUUGUUUAUACAAUUGAUGGGUAAACUGACCACAAGUGAGGACUGUUUGGUGUUAAACAUAUGGACACCUAAUGUGGACAAAAGUGCAUCAAAAUCACAGUUAAAACCUGUUAUGUAUUGGAUAUACGGCGGGGCACUUACUGUUGGAUCAGUAUUUCAAAAGUUUUAUAACGGGAGUGUUUUGGCCACCAAUGAUGUGGUCAUUGUUUCCGUUAACUAUAGGGUCGGACAGUUAGGCUUUUUAUAUUUUUAUAACGGGAGUGUUUUGGCCACCAAUGAUGUGGUCAUUGUUUCCGUUAACUAUAGGGUCGGACAGUUAGGCUUUUUAUAUGGUGGCGAUCAGACAGCACCCGGUAAUCUGGGAUUUUAUGACCAACUGUUAGGACUGAAAUGGGUUCGAGAAAAUAUUCAUGAAUUCGGUGGAGACAAGGAUCAGAUCACUAUAUUUGGUGAGAGCGCCGGCAGUUGGUCCACAUCGGCACACAUACUCUCACCCCUAUCUAAGCGUCUAUUUAAGAGGGCUAUUGUCCAGAGCGCGGCUGAAAUGUUUCAUAAGGAUAGACCAGUUUUGGGAACUGUAGAGGCGUUGAGUAAAGCCAAGGAAACGGCCCGUAAAUUGGGUUGUGAUCCGUAUGAUUACAAAUGGUUGGGCUGUUUGCGAGCCAUUGAAAACCCGGACCUAUUUCUUGAGCCGACUGAGGCUGAUGUGGAUGUGAUGGCCGGUGCGACCAAAGACGAGGGUCAUGUGCUAGCCGUCAAACUCCAGAGAGAGAUCUACCAUAACAUAGACGUCCAGAAAAUAUCCGAUUAUUACCUCCAGAAUAGAGACCCCGAAAAUCCUAAUGACUUACAGCAAGCUUUCGAUCAACUUUAUGGUGAUAUGUUGAUAGUGUGCCCCACCUAUGGGUUUGCCAAAAGAUUUGUCAAAAGUGGUCGAGACACAAAUUUGUUUGCAAUGCUUGGUUGCGAUGAACAUACCAUAUGUCACGGCGCAGAACUCCCCUAUGUUUUUGGUGAUCCCGUUAGGACUCCUCAAAUGUUUACGGAAACGGAUUAUGAUUUCAGUUUAGAUAUCAUGAAGAUAUGGACUAAUUUUGCAAAAAAUAUAAAACCACACAAUGUUUGGCCGAAACUAAUAGACAUUUCGGACGCGAAUUCAGUGCCAAAAGUGAAAGACUUGAAUCCCAACGAUAUGUCACUUGUUUUGGACAAUCCUUACGGAGAUAUUUGUGAUGGAUUUUGGAGUGAAUAC